AUGGACGACGGAGACGACGAGGCAAUGCUUUUGCGUGCUGGCAUACCGCCGGCAGCCACGCCUCUAGCCGAUGACGACGAGACGCAACAACGCAUCGAGCGGUUCCUGCGCGUCCAGCGAGAACGCGGCCAGGACUUCCAGACGACGCUGCAGGACAAGAAGGAGGUGCGCAACCCGUACAUCCUGGAAAAGGUGGUCGAGUAUUUCGGCAUCGACGAGCUGCAGUCCAAUUUCCCCCCGGAUGUAUUUGAUCCGCAUGGUCUUCCGUUGCACGAAUUCGCCGAUGCAUUGGCUCUCGAGCAGAAAAAGCGGGCGGAUGCUCGAGCACAGCGCCAACUGCAGCAGCAACGGAAUGGUGCGGACCCGCGCCAGCUGCAAUUCGUAUCAGGUAACCCAUCGAGUAACGGAGGUUAA